CAAAAUUCUCUCGAUAUACGGACAGAAUCAUCUCCAAUACGCUGCUCUAGAACCAAAGACGUCUCGUCGAUUUGUGCAUAGCCUGGUAUUACUUGGAAGUGUCGCAAUGGAUAAGUGCUGUGCUCCGACAUUUUCUCCCGGCCUACAGCUACCGCUAAUAUGCAGCCACUCCGAGGCGACCUGGGGGCGGCCUCUCCAGUACAAGUGUAGAAAUUGCUUCAAUUGGUCCAUUUCGCUACUGCGUGCAAGGCUGCAAGCUGCGAUGCUCCGGGAGGCCGAUGCACUGCCACUUUGUAGAGAUGGCAUAUGCACGAUGCACCGUUGAUGUUCACAUGGCCUCUCCUCCCCGCCAGGUUGUAGCUCCAUCAAAAUGCAGACAUCUGGUCACGAUCGCGACGCGUACAGCGUCGGUAUCAUCUGCGCGCUCGCGACAGAAAAGGCAGCAGUCGAGGCGAUGUUGGACGACGAGCACCCGAAACUCCAGCCUGCGCCUGGCGACGACAAUGACUACAUGUUCGGAACGAUUGGCACACACAAAGUAGUCAUCGCCUGCCUACCAGCAGGUAUGACUGGGACUGUGAACGCAGCUGUGGUAGCAAAAGACAUGAUGCGCAGCUUUCCAAUCCGCAUCGGCUUGAUGGUCGGGAUAGCAGGCGGAGUGUGGAGCGAAGAGCGUGACGUGCGACUUGGCGAUGUGAUCGUGAGCCAGCCAAACGGUCAGCACGGUGGAGUAGUACAGUGGGACUUUGGCAAGAUGGAGACCGGAGGCGUCUUUCGGCGGACGGGCACCCUGAACAAGCCACCGCGUUUACUGCUAAAUGCAGUGCAAGGUCUUCAGUCGCGACACAAACGGAAAGGUAACGAGCUGCACGCCCACCUCGAGAAGAUGCUACUCGAGAAUCCGGCGAUGGAAGAGUCGGGUUAUGUGCAUCAGGGUCGCCAUAACGACGAACUGUUCGAAGCGAGCUACGACCACCAGCCCGGUCGGACAUGUGGGCAGUGCGACCGCCUGCGUGUAGUACAGCGAGAGCAGCGCAAGAGUGAUCGGCCAAAAAUACACUACGGGAAUAUUGCAUCAGGCGAUAAGGUCAUCAAGGACGGAGCUACACGCGAUCGCAUCGCGCGCGAGGAAGACGUCAUUGCAUUUGAGAUGGAGGCGGCAGGUCUUAUGGACUCCUACCCGUGCGUAGUAAUUCGCGGAAUCUGCGACUACUCUGAUACCCACAAGAAUAAGCGCUGGCAGGAGUACGCUGCAGCAUCGGCGGCCGCCUAUGCGAAAGAGCUGUUGCUAUACAUGCCAGCUGGCGACGUGGCGCAAAUCCGAACGGCGAACGAGGCGACAGCGUCAGCUUCGCGACGGAUCAUUCACGUUCCGUUUCCCAAGAAUCAUGAUUUCGUCGGCCGGCAUAUCGAACUCGCGACGCUCGAGCGGAGGCUCUUUGUCGACCGAGACUGCCAGACGAUGGCUGUGUUUGGACUGGGAGGUAUGGGAAAGACUCAAAUUGUCCUCCGCCUCGCAUAUGACGUCGCGGAACAGCGGCCGGAUACAUCGAUCUUCUGGAUCCCUGCGCUUAGCACCGAGACCUUCUCCCGUGCCAUGAAGGAGAUGGCAGACUUACUCGGCAUACGAGCAGCACCGGAUGGGAACCCCGACAGCUUACCAAUGCUGGUUAAGCAGCGGCUGAGCUCAUCGCACGCGGGUAAAUGGUUACUUGUUGUUGACAACGCUGACGAUAUGAAAAUUGUUGAUGGCUUACGCGAGUAUUUACCGAUUAGUGAUACUGGAAUGACAGUCUUUACCACUCGAACAGCCGAUGUAGCACAGCGAGUCGCGCGUAGCAAUGUACUCAAGAUCGGGACACCAGACGAAGCCGAAGCGGGACAGCUUCUAAGGAAGGCACUUGCAAACCCGGAAGGCUUAGAGAACGACGCGACGAGCACGAACGAACUCCUCGUCGAGUUGGACCACCUCCCUCUUGCGAUUACCCAAGCUGCAGCGUAUCUCAACAUCAACGACAUGGCGAUCUCCGAGUACGUCAGACUCCUGCGGGGUACCGCAGACGAUGUCAUAUAUCUCAUGAGUGCGGAGAUUGACGACAACACGCGGUACAAGCAGUCGGCGAGUGCUAUAGCGACGACGUGGACCGUAUCUUUUCAGCAGAUCUUAAAGCAGGACAGUAUUGCAGCAGAGCUCCUACAGUUUAUAUCGUGCAUCGAGUGGAAGGCAAUUCCGUACUCGAUGUUGCCCGUAGUAAAGCCGGAAGCGCGGACGAGGACGGCCGUCGGCACACUCUGCUCCUACUCGUUUCUUAGCAGACGGGCAGAUGGGACGACGUACGACAUGCAUCGGCUAGUGCACUUAGCGAGCCGGAUCUGGCUACGGGAAGAAGGUCGCACAGCAGAGAUCCAGGUAGAGGCGACCAAGCACGUCGCAAAGAUAUUCCCAACAGACGACUAUACGAAUCGAUUUUUAUGGCGGGCGUACAUGCCGCAUGCCGCGCAGACGCGAAGCUAUUGGUUGAGUCAAAACACCACCGUUGACAUAGCUAAAGAUGGCGGAGAAGUAAGCGAGCUCAGCUAUAAGGUAGGGAGAUGUCUUCUCAAAGACGGACGGACGAGGGACAGCGUGCAGUGGCUGCAGGAAGCAGAUGAUAAAAGAAGCAAGCUUACGGAGGAGCAUCCGGCGGGUCCUCGCGGAGGAGCAUCCGGACCGACUCGUAUCGCAGCACGCGCUUGCAGGAGCAUACGAUACUUACGGUCAAACUGAGAAGGCU